AUGGGGGAUACCGUCAAUUCAGCUAUGGCCGACCUUUCGGUCAGCAACGCAGCGACUGCCCAGGAUGUGAAUCCGUGGAGCGUCAGCGGCGAGAUCGUCGACGGCAAGGUCAAGGCCAUCGACUACAAUCGCCUGGUCGACACCUUUGGCACGAAGCCCAUUGACAAGGCGCUUCUGGAGCGCUUUGAGCGAGUCACCGGCCACAAGUUGCAUCCGUUCCUCCGCCGCCAACUGGUUUUCUCCCAUCGCGACCUCGAUUGGAUUCUGACACGCCAUGAGAAACGUGAGCCGUUCUUUCUAUACACGGGCCGCGGCCCCAGCAGCGACAGUAUGCAUCUGGGCCACAUGGUGCCCUUUACCUUCACCAAAUGGCUUCAGGACGUAUUUGAUGUCCCUUUGGUCAUUAUGAUGACGGAUGAUGAGAAGAUGAUCUUCGGCAAGAAGGUGUUCAGUCUGGAGGAAAUGAGAGGCUUUGUCCGCGGCAAUGCCACUGACAUUCUUGCCGUUGGCUUCGACGUCAAAAAGACCUUCCUCUUCAGCGACUUUGACUUCAUGGGCGGCGCCUUUUACCAGAAUGUAGUCAAGAUUUCCCGUCAAAUCACACAGAACACCAGCAAGGCGGUGUUCGGAUUUACUGACAGUGAUAGCGUUGGUAAAUACCACUAUGUCUCUGUCCAGUCGGCCACGGCUUUCGCUACCACUUUCCCGCAUAUAUUUGGCACCGACACGAAGAAAGUAGCCAAGAUCCCAUCGCUGAUUCCGUGCGCCAUCGACCAAGACCCCUACUUCCGCGUCUGCCGCGACGUCGCCCCCAAGCUUGGGUACCCAAAGCCCUGCCUUAUCCACUCAAAAUUUUUCCCCGCGCUCCAGGGUCCCGGUUCCAAGAUGAGCGCCUCGAUUGACUCGAGUGCCAUCUUUAUGAAUGACACAAUGAAGCAAAUUGAGAAGAAGAUCAACAAGUACGCCUUCUCGGGUGGUCAAGAGACAAUGGAAGAACAGCGCAGACUGGGUGGCAACCCCGACGUUGAUGUUGCGUUCCAGUACCUGAGCUUCUUUUCGGAGGACGACGAUGAGCUUGAGGAGAUUCGCCAAGACUAUAUCGCGGGUCGAUUGCUCACUGGCCAGCUGAAAAAGAAGUGUAUCGUCAAGCUUCAGGAGUUUAUCAAGGCAUACCAGGAGCGUCGCGCCACCAUCACAGAUGCCGUGCUGGACGAGUUUAUGCGCGUUCGGCCACUGGAGUGGAACCAAGGCGGACAACCUUCAGAAGGAGAGAAAAAACCAACCCCUGAAUCCUCAUGA